CGCGUGUUGGCAACCGCAAGGGAUCCCGCGUCUCCGGGCUGGGUGGGCUGCAACGACGCUAUGCGGGCUGUUUCGUGGCGGCCAAGGCCGCAGCCAGACCCCUGAGGCCUCUCGCCUAUCUGGUGCAGCCUUUAGUCCCCGUCUGCCAUGCCUACGGGGGAGGCCGCUGCGACGGCCGAGGGCCAGGACCCUCGCGGCAGGAGCAAGUCUAGCAGCCCCCGCCACAUUCCCGUGAUUGCUGUGGUGACUGAAGAUGAAGAGACGCAGGGUGUUUUCAAACCUAUGGACCUUAAUCACAUCAUCAGACUCCUUGAAGAAAAUGAUAAAGGUGAUUUAGAAGAAAAACAACUUAAAUCUGUCAAGAAACUGGUGCAGUGUUAUCAGAAUGGAUUUCCAUUAAGGGAUUUAGCACAGAUAUUUAAAAUUCUGAGUCUGUGUGCAGGAAAAAUUGAAAAUCAGCACCAGUUUACAGAAUCUGUAUGUGAUAUCUUAAAAUUGUGCAGCUUGCCAUUUUUGAAAAAAAAAGUAUCAGAUGAAAUAACUUAUGCUGAAGAUACCGCUAAUUCAAUUGCACUUCUGGGUGACUUAAUGAAAAUACCAAGUUCUGAAUUAAGGAUACAAAUUUGUAAGUGUAUUGUCAACUUUUAUCAUGCAGAACCACCAAAGAAGCAUAUUCCAGGUUACCAGCAAGCUAGUUCAUCAUACAAGGCUAAAAUGGCUGAGGUCGGAGGAUUGGCAAAAACAAUGGUUCAGUCAAUGACCUUGCUUGAAAAUCAACUCAUUGAGAAACUUUGGGUACUUAAAGUUCUGCAGCAUCUCUCAACUUCUGAAGUUAAUUGUGUUUUAAUGGUGAAAGCACAAGCAGCCAGCACAAUCUGUGUUCACCUCAAUGACCCAGAUCCCUCGGGACAACUUCUGUUUCGUUCAUCAGAAAUACUUUGGAACUUACUGGAAAAGUCUCCAAAGGAGGAAAUCAUACAGCAGCUUAGUACUUUGGAAUGUUUGGUGACUCUGAAGGAAAUAUUUAAAACUCUUUUUAUGAGAGGUUUUAGUCAUUAUGAUCGCCAGCUUAGAAAUGACAUAUUAGUGAUUACUACAAUUAUAGCUCAAAACCGGGAAGCACCGAUGAUUGAAUGUGGCUUUACCAGAGAUCUGAUCUUAUUUGCAACUUUUAAUGAAGUUAAGAGUCAAAAUCCUUUGGUAAAAGGUCUGAAGCUUUCUAACGCCUAUGAAGAUUUUGAGUUGAAGAAAUUGCUAUUCAAUAUAAUUGUGAUCUUAUGUAAAGAUUUGCCUACUGUACAGCUAUUAAUCGAUGGCAAAGUUGUUUUGGCUUUACUCACCUAUGUUAAAAAGCCUGAGAAACACAAAGCAAUAGAAUGGUCUGCAGCACAGUACGAAGAACUACAACUGCAUGCGAUUGCAACUUUGUCCUCCGUGGCUCCCUUGUUAAUAGAAGAGUACCUGUCAUGCCAGGGGAACGCGCGCGUCCUGGAGUUCCUGGAAUGGUGUGAGAGUGAAGAUCCUUUCUUUAGUCAUGGUAACAGUUUCCAUGGGACGGGUGGCCGUGGCAACAAGUUCGCACAGAUGCGCUAUGCAUUAAGGCUGCUGAGAGCCAUGGUCUACCUUGAAAACGAGACAGUGAACGCAGAUCUUUGUGAAAAGGGAACAGUGCAGCAACUGAUAGGAAUCUUUAAAAAUAUUAUAAGCCAUCCUAAUGAAAAAGAAGAGGCCAUUGUUUUAGAAAUCCAGUCUGAUAUAUUACUUAUCGUAUCUGGUCUUUGUGAACAUCACAUUGAAAGGAAGGAAAUUUUUGGAACUGAAGGAGUAGAUAUAAUUCUUCAUGUAAUGAAAACAGACCCCAAGAAGUUACAGAGUGGCUUAGGCUAUAGUGUACUUCUUUUUAGUACAUUGGACAGCAUUUGGUGCUGUGUUUUGGGAUGUUAUCCCUCAGAAGAUUACUUUCUUGAGAAGGAAGGCAUCUUUAUCCUUUUGGAUGUUCUGGCUUUAAACCAAAAAAAAUUCUGCAAUCUAAUACUUGGAAUAAUGGUUGAAUUUUGUGAUAAUCCCAAAACAGCGGCUCAUGUCAAUGCUUGGCGAGGGAAAAAGGGUCAGACAGCUGCUAGUCUUUUAAUUAAAUUGUGGCGAAAAGAAGAAAAAGAACUAGGAGUAAAGCGUGACAAAUACGGGAAGAUCAUUGAUACAAAGAGACCUCUCUUUACUAGUUUUCAAGAAGAAAAAAAACCCAUGCCGCUGCCUGCUAACUGCCCUUCGAUUGCAGUCAUGGAUGUAUCUGAGAAUAUCAGAGCAAAAAUUUAUGCUGUGUUGGACAAACUAGAUUUUGAAAACUUACCUGGCCUGUCUGCUGAAGAUUUUGUCACCCUAUGUAUCAUACACAGAUAUCUUGAUUUUAAAAUUGGUGAAAUAUGGAAUGAAAUAUAUGAAGAAAUAAAAAUGGAAAACCUAAGGCCAGUCUCUUCAGAUAAAAGAAUUUUGGAAACUAUUACCAUGGCCUCAGAAAAUAUUGGCAAGAUGGUUGCUUCUCUGCAAAGUGAGAUGAUCGAAAGCCAAGCGCGCCAAGAUGUGCAAAAUGAGCAAAAAGUAUACACGAAAAUACAAACUGCACACAAGCAGAGAGAAAUGGCUAAUAAAUCAUGGGAAAAUUUCUUGGCUAGAACAUCAAAUAUUAAAACAUUAAAGAAAGCAAAAAGGCUACAAGAAAAGGCUAUAGAGUCCUCUAAGUACAGUAAGAGACCACAAAAUGCAGUUUUUCACCCAACGGUUCUUAAAGGCCUUAACACAACGAUUCCCUCUGGAGGAGUAGUGGCGGUGGAAAGCACUCCUGUGAGACUGCUGGGAGGACCUCUGGCUGACACAGAUUUAGCACUUAAGAGGCUGCCUAUACGAGGAGGAGGACUGAAGGCCGUUAAGGCUGGAGAUGAGACAAAAAAGAGUAUUCCUACUUAACACACAUUAGAGGCUUUCUGAAAUAAAUCCUGCUUAUAAUUUUUAGUCAAGGGAAAUACCAAGGAUGCUUCAUGAGGAAGAAAACCAGGAGCUGGCCUGUUACCAGGUCAUAAUCCUGUAGACAGAUCAAACACACAGAUGAUUGCUCCUAAUUACUCUCCAGUGAAAGGAACGAGGGCUCCAUGAAGAAACAACUGCCUGGGACAGAAAUCUAAAGAUGAACCUAAAAGUUUCUUAUGGAGCUGUCUGAAGGCCAAAGCUGGAAUAGUUCAAGCAACAAAACAAUGUAGUGUGUUAUAUUAUAACCCGAAGUAUAAAUAAAUGUCCUUAAAUCCAUACUGAUAGGAAGUUAGGGGUAAGAAUCUCCAUAAAGCCUGGAUAAUUUAAGUAGAUUUUAGGGAGGUGGACUAUAACUCCACCUUCUAUUCCAUAAGGAUUAUAGUUAGUAACUUGCUUCCAAACAGCACAGUUUAGACAGAAGGAAAAAUGGAAAAACCCAGCAAAUACUAGCUUAGCCAACAUUACAUGGUAUCAAUAAUAAGUCAUGUUGAUAACAUGCACUCUUGACCUUGAGUUCUAAAAGUGGUACUUUGCCUCUAUGGUCUUCAUUCCAGAAGUACACAACCCCAGUGUCGUGAUAAGAAAAACAUCAGGCAAACCCAGAUUGAGCAGGGUGCUACAUUAUCUAUGAUCAGUACUUGAGAAUGUCUCAGUUAUCAAAAACAGUUUAAGAAACUGUUACAACCCAGGGCAGCCUAGAAAGACUUCACAACUUGAUUUAGUGUGGCAUCCUGGAUGGGCUCGUGUCCAGUGGAAGACAUUAGGGAAAAACUAGUGAGAUCUGAAUAAAAAACUGAAUUUAGUUUAAUAGUGUAUCAGCAUCAGUUCAUUAGUUGUAACAAAUAUUACCAUACUAAUGGGCAAUGUUAAAAUAAGAAAAAGUGAGUGACAGAUACACAGGCACUCUAUCCUUGCAAGUUUUCUACAAAUCUAAAACUAUUCUAAAAUAAUAAAAAAGCAAAAAAAAAAAGUCUGUAGGAAGAAGAGUAAUUUUAGUCAUAGAUACUUAAUUACUGCCUUUCAUACCCACUUAAAAUAUUUUAGGAGCAAUAUUAGAUGUUUUACUAUCUAUUCCUAAACUAUCUGCAGAGUAACCAGUCAUGAGUUCAACUAAAUAAACUUAGCAUAAGUGCACAAAGCUGUGAAUCUGAUGAUGUACCAUAAUACAAGAAUUGGUAGAUUCUUUUAAAAGAUCUCUGUACUGAACAAAUGACAACUUUGAAUAAGCCAAAAGAAGCACAGAUUGCUUCCCCACUCAACACCAGUUUGGCCACAUGACACUGAUGGCCCUGUGCAAGGGACAUUUCUGUUUUGUUGUCAUCAUGGUGGUGGUUGUUGUACUGGAGAUUAAACCCAGGCCUUUCACGCUAAGGUAUACCCCCAGCCCUUUUUUCUUUUUAUUUGGAGACAGAGUUGUGCUAAGUCACUAAAAUGCUCAGGAUGGGCUUGAACUUGAGAUCCUGCCUGGUUCAUGCUGUUUAAUAUAUGUUGAUGCCAUAAAACUGCUUUUGAAUAAUUAUUUCACUCUACCUCCUACAUCUUCAUCCCACUGCAGUGACAACUAUCUGGUCGUUUUUAUGAGACCAUUAUCCCUACCCUUCAACCAGCAGGAUUCCUGAGCUUGGGGAUCCAUCUUCUAUUAGCAGGAUGGAAGUUUCAGUCUAGGAAUUUAUUAGACCUAAACUUCAUGUUACUUGCUACUCAAAUAUUACGCAAACUUGGUUUUACAAAAAAUAAUUUUUUUGGUAAAAGAGUAUCUCAAAGGUGUGAAGUUCAUUGAAGAUUCAUAACCGGGGGUUCACAUACCUUCCUCAAACUUGUGUGUGUACAAAAUCCCUAAUAAAUUCUUAGUACAGCUUCACCAGAAUGAUGAAGUGGUCCAAAUUGAGGAAAGAACGCCCUCUUCUUUAAUUCAGUUUAUUCAUGGUUCAAGUCAAAACUAUCAGACAGGUACUUGUCCAGUUUCUUUGUGCUGUUUUAGAAGUUGUCCAUGUUUAGUUGAGUUUGGAUAUCAGCAUGCAUGGGAGAGAUUCCAUUGUUGUAAAGACACUAAAAAAAACAAUGCCCCACACAAUGGCAACCAUCAGGAAAACCAGUGGGACAGAUUUUUAUUGGUUCCCAGGCCCCGCAAAGGCUGGGUUUGGUUUUGCCUGUAAGCAAUGUGAAUCUUAAGGCCCAUGAAUCUCUCUUCACUUUGAAAAGUGGGAAUCUCACACCAAAUUUAUGUAGCUAUAUUAAAGCUAUAGGCUUUUAUGGCAUGCAAUCAAAAAUACUGCAGGUUAUGAGUUCUGUCAUCAUUAGCAUUAUAACUUCCCAUCUUUCCAAUUUCCUCAUCUGCCUCCUGGUCCUCCCUGUCUGAUGGAUUUCAUUCAAGCACCAUAUCCUUUUUGAAAAAAGAUGUAAGAGGUAAAUGGGUAACACAAAAAUGAUUCCACUGGGGCUGGGGAUUUAGCUCAGCGGCAUAAAGUGCCUGCCUUGCAAGCAGGCGGUCAUGAGUUCGAUCCCUGGUACCGAUAAAAAGGAAAAAGACCAAAAAAACAAGAAAAAAAAAAUGAUUCCACUAACACAUAGACAAACAUUCUAUCGAACUGUGCUUUACUAAAACGAAGCUUCUUUUGUUUUUGUUCCUUUUUCAAAAUCAGAAAGACACACAGUUUUCAGUCCUUAAUGUAUAGAAAAAUAUUUUACAGAUAAGCAGGCUUAGUGAUGAAAUCCACAUCUCAGAAGCCUCUCAGUACAUUAUAUCAAGAUUAAACAUUACAUCUUAGGACAAUACUGGCAUUUUUGGCACACUUUUAAAUACUGAGGUAUAAAAUACCUUGUAAAAUUGGUUACAAUUAUACUACAUUGACUAUUUAAAAUUUAUCACUUUUGCAUUGUAAGUAGUAUUUUCUCUUUUUUAAUUUCAUUUUAUUUACUUUGGUCUUUCUAAGACAAGGUUUCACUAUGCAGUUCCAGCUGGCCUCGAACUCACUUUAUAGUCCAGGCUGGACACCAGUUCCUGAGUGCUGGAUUACAGGCAUGCGCCACCAUGCCCAGCAGUAUUUUCUUUAAAACAAAUACACUAUGAAGAUACUUCUGAAUCAAAAUUACUAACAAAUUACAAGAAAAUAUGAUAAUAAUUCAGUUAUCAAUAAAGCAGUUAUAAAAACAAAAAAAUAGCCAUCAAUAUUAAGGUAUUGGAAACUGGUACAGAAAAUAGUAUUUCAAUUGGUGGCAUCUUGCCUGAAUUAUUUUCUGUGUUUUCUCUCUUAAAUGUAAAAUGCACAUUUAAAAAUAUUCAACCCUAUAAGAUUGAAGAGGCAAAAUUAAUAUGCAUUCUAAUAUGAUUCUUAAGCAACCACUUUGUGUGCAACCCUAUUGAAUUAAUUUGCAAAGGCUAAAACAAGUCUGAUGUUUAAAAAUAACUUCAAAUAUAAUCUUAAUAGUUACCAGAUUAAGUGGCUUUAUUAUGAACUAUGUAUAAGAAAAUAAUAAAAAAAGAUACUUUUUUUUGAGAUAGGGUCUCACUGUGUAGUUCAGGCUGGCCUUGAACUCACUAUGUAAUCCAGGUUGGCAGUCCUCCAGCCUCCGGAGUACUGGGUAUGAGCCACCACACACACUGUAUUUAUACCAAGUAUUUAUACAUCAAUGCUUUCAUGAUUCCUAAGUAAUAUAAAGUCAUUAAAAAUUAAAGACUCAUAUUAGGGAAAAAAAACUAUGGAAAACUUACUAGCUUGUUUCAUGAAUUUCAUAAAUCACAAGAAUUAAAUGUUGAACUUUUAAUAAAAUUAAACUGUUACACUUUUAAGUACACACUUAGUCUAUCUCCUGUUACUUUCUAUGGAAAACCAUAUUUGAAAGAUAACACCUGUCUUCUGCUCAUUCUGUGAGACCCUGAAAGCAAGCAGUACAUAUACAUGUCCCAGAAAUCCUAAGCUGUCUCAGAAGACCUCAUAAUGGCCAGGCCACUGGGAUUUUUGCAAGAACAACAUGAAAUUCCAGAAAGCAUACUCACUGUUGUUUGUCUUGAGAUCUUCAAGAUCGACCACUGUCAAAGAGCAAAUGUUCCAACACUGGGGAUCCAAGUCAGCCGUGAUCCUGGGGCUGAAGCCAGAAAGCACCCCCUUUUGAAAUUGAAAAACAGCAUUAACCAGACUGAUCAGCACAAUGCAGCCCACUGGCCGGUAAAACCAACUUCUUGUGGCAGAAUUCAGUCUUUAUAGAAUAAAUGAGGGCAGAUAUUUUUAUCUUAAAAAUCACCCAUUGUUUAGUAAUCUAAUAGGAAAUAAAUACAUGUAAUUUUUUAAAUAAAGUCAAACACUAUUUGUUGGAUUUUCUGUAAGUGACUCUCAAGCUAUCCUUUGAAAGAAUAUUACAAUUUCAGCUUGAUAGGCAGUGUUCUGAUCAACAGUCUUUGGGAUCCAGUGAAACCCGGCACAUAUUUAUGAAGACCAAGUUGGUUCAUGUCAUCACAGACAUCCACAACUAGAAGAAACUACAUAGCCUGGUCUGUCCUGAGACUCACUAUGACCUUCCUGCUUCAGCCUCCUGCGUGUUGGGAUUAUAGGCAUGCACCACUGCACCUGGUUGUUGCUUGAUAUUAAAAGAUAGCUUGUCUUGGACCAACAGGUUAUCUGCCUGGAGGGAGAUGGAUGAUUUGUGGGAAGGAGCGGUGAGGAAGGGAGAAAAGGAAGGGGAAGUGAAAGAGAAAGAGAAGGGAGGGAGGAACAGAGAGGCAGAUAGAUGAAUGGGUGGAAAAGUAGAUGGAGAGAGUGUGGUAGACAAGAAUCUCUUACCCCCUGGAAACCCUUUUAUGUAUAUGAGGAAGCGAGUUUGUAAGUUUGCAGGUUUGUUAUAAUAAGGGAAAACUGGAUAUAAUGGCAGAUGUCCAUCAUCAAAUGAAUACUAUGUCAGGUUUCUGCCAUUGUAACAAAUAUCUGAGAUAAAUCAGCCUCUAAAAAGAAAAAAUUUAUUGGCUCAUGAAUUCAGAAGGCUCAGUCCAUGGUUUCUUGGCCUAUGGCUUGGGCAUGGCCAAGAACAUCACAGAGUUUGUGGCACCUGAAGAACACAAGAGAAGAACAGACAGUAGAUGGGGGGGGGAAUAAAGAGAGGGUGACAGGAAGAGGAUAAGAGUGGCAGGGAGAGGUGUGGGGAGCAGCUGACAUAGGAGAUGGAUUACAGGUGCAGGCUGGGAGCAACACCAGCCUGGGAGCAGAAGGUGCCAGAGGGAGCCACAUGAGCAAGCUGAUAGGCAGAGAGCUGUCAAAGUGACAUCAAUCUGCUGCAUGUAUAAAGUGCACUGCAAUUAUUGGGAAGGCAGGCUCCACCUGAUCUCAGCUGUCUGUAUUCUAACUCUUGCUUUCAUUUCUUCAUCCUCUACCAGGUGCCUCCCUGGGAAUUUUGAGAACUGUGUGGACAUAGCAGAAAGGGACAGAAGUAUAAGAAGUAUAAGAAGUAUAAAAAUAUCUUUAUGGAUAUUUUUAAUUUUUUUUAUUUUAUUUAAA